AUGGCCGUCGCAUCCGUACAAGACCGGACCGCCGAGUUCAAGUCGGUCCUCGCCCAGGCCCAGCGCAGGCAGGCGCAGUCCAAAGUCGGCGCCCAGCGCCGCUCCCUCCUGACCGACGCGCAAAAGGCCGAGGCGAAUGGCGACCGCAAGCCCACGAGGUCCGAGUUCGCCCGCAAGGCCGCCGAGAUUGGUCGCGGCAUCUCCGCGACCAUGGGCAAGCUGGAGAAGCUGGCACAAUUGGCGAAGCGAAAGACGCUCUUCGACGACAGGCCCGUCGAGAUCAACGAGCUCACCUUCAUCAUCAAGCAAGACCUCUCCUCCCUGAACCAGCAGAUCUCCGCCCUGCAGGCCCUCUCGCGGCAGCAGCACCCCAAGGCCGACCAGGAGGGCGAGCACAACAAGAACGUCGUCUUCCUGCUGCAGGGCAAGCUGUCCGACGUCUCGGCCAACUUCAAGGACGUCCUCGAGGUGCGCACCAAGAACAUCCAGGCCUCGCGCUCCCGCACCGAGAACUUCAUCUCCUCCGUCUCCCAGGGCGUCAACCCGGCCCUGCAGCAGUCGGCCUCGCCCCUCUACGGCACCCCGAACCGCGGCACCCCGUCGCCCGGCGCGGACCUGCUGUCCCUCAACCCCGUCGGCGACCAGCAGCUGCUGCAGAUGGAGGAGGCGCAGCCCCAGAACCAGUACAUCCAGCAGCGGGGGGAGGCCAUCGAGGCCAUCGAGAAGACCAUCAACGAGCUCGGCAGCAUCUUUGGCCAGCUGGCGCAGAUGGUGUCGGAGCAGACCGAGGUCAUUGAGAGGAUCGACGCCAACACCGAGGAUGUCGUCGACAACGUCACUGGCGCCCAGAGGGAAUUGCUCAAGUACUGGGGACGGAUGUUUGGCGUCCUCAUGAUUUUCUUCCUGUUAUGGGUCCUGAUCGCAGGUUAA